ACACAAUGGAGAGAACUUGGUUCUUCCUGGUAUGCUGCUUUUCUAUAGCGGUAGCAGCACAUACCAAUAGUAAGCUCACCACAGACCAGUCUGGUCUUCUUGCUCUCAAAGCCCGUGUCACGAGUGAUCCUAACAUGAUCUUGACCAACUGGUCUACCAACACCCCUACUUGCACUUGGGUUGGCGUUACUUGUGGCGCAAACCACUUCAGAGUUGCAGUCUUGAACCUCUCUUACAUGGGACUCACAGGCACUAUUCCUCCGGAUCUUGGCAACCUCUCAUUUCUUGUUGAGCUGCGUUUCGCAAAUAACAGUUUUCAUGGUCACUUGCCUGAAGAAUUGGCUCGUUUGCACCAGUUAAAGUUGAUUGGCUUAGCAUACAACAGCUUUAGUGGAGUCAUUCCAUCAUGGUUCGGGUCCUUGUCCAAACUUCAAACGUUCAAUUUGACCGGUAAUCAGUUUUCAGGUUCCAUACCCUCUGCCAUUUUCAACUUAUCUGCACUGCAAGUCAUUAAUUUGAGCCAUAACCAACUAUCAGGUAGCAUACCAAGAGAAAUUGGAAACCUAACCAUGCUGAAGAUGAUAUUUCUUGAUGAUAAUAAGUUUACAGAAAUUCCAAACGAGAUUAGCACUUUGAAUCAGCUCGAGAAGUUAUAUGUCCAGCUCAAUUCCCUAAUGGGGCAUGUUCCUAUAGCUAUCUUCAACAUAUCUUCUUUGACUACUUUGACUUUUUAUGGAAACAACUUGAGCGGUAGUCUUUCAGAUAAUAUAUGCCAACAUCUUCCUAGCAUUCAAGUGUUGGAUUUUUCUUACAACCAGUUUCAUGGUCCACUUCCAUCCAAAUGUUGGCAAUGCAAACGACUUCUUCAGUUAGGAUUGUCGAAUAACAAUUUCAGUGGAAGUAUACCUAACAAUAUUGGGAACUUAACCCAAAUAAAGGCGAUAUACCUUGACAUAAAUCAUCUAACAGGUACUAUUCCACAUGAGAUUGGCCAGCUUCCAUAUUUGGAGGAAUUGUCCCUCGGUAUUAAUAAUCUCAAAGGGCUGAUUCCAUCCUCAAUCUUCAAUAUGUCCACAAUAACGAAGAUAUCGCUUAGCAACAAUCAGCUCUCAGGUAACCUCCCAGCAAACAUAGGUCAUAGGAUUCCAAUCCUUCAAGAGCUAUACCUAGGAAUAAAUAAACUUAGCGGAGUAAUCCCCAAAUCCAUCUCCAAUGUUUCUAAGCUCACGGAUCUAGACCUAGACCGUAACUUUUUUUCUGGCUUUAUUCCAAGCACACUUUGUGUCUUAACGAACCUUGAACAACUUAAGUUAUUCCAUAAUAACUUGACCAUUGAUAGUUCGACUCCAGAAGUAAAUAUUCUCUCUUGUUUGGCAAAUCUUAAGAAUUUAAAGGAAUUAGCCUUCUCAACCAAUCCAUUAAAUGUCAGGCUUCCAGUUUCCUUUAAGAAUCUCUCUACAUCACUCCAAUAUAUUUAUUUAAGCAAUUGCAACAUGAGAGGUAACAUCCUCAAUGAUAUAGGCAACUUGAGCAGCUUGAUAGUCUUGAACUUGGCAGAAAAUCAAUUGAGUGGAUUGAUUCCAACCUCAACAGGAAGACUAUAUAAUCUCCAAGGUUUGUAUUUAUAUGACAACAGAUUGCAAGGAUACAUCCCGAAUGAAGUUUGUCAACUAAACUACCUAGCUGAGUUAAUUUUGUAUGGGAAUCAACUCACUGGUUGCAUACCUUCCUGCUUGGGUAAUCUAACUGCAGCGCUAAGAAUUCUAUCAAUAGGGUCCAAUUUGCUGAAUUCAACAAUACCAUCGACCUUGUGGGAUCUUACUGAUAUCUUGCAAGUAAAUUUGUCUUCAAAUUCUUUGAGUGGAUCUCUCUCACAAGGUGUUGGCAAUUUGAAAGUUGCCACAGAUAUAUUGUUAUCGUACAACCAAUUGUCAGGCACUAUACCAAGCAACAUUGGGGGUCUUCAAGAUUUGGUGAAUCUCGACUUGGGAAAUAAUAAACUAGAAGGCACAAUUCCUAGUUCACUUGGCAACUCUUUAAGCCUGAAGUUCUUGGAUUUAUCCAAAAACCAAUUAUUUGGAGUGAUUCCGAAGUCUCUUGAAGCACUCUCAUAUCUCCAGUAUAUGAAUUUGUCUUUUAACAAACUCCAAGGUGAAAUUCCAACGGAUGGACCUUUCAGAAACUUCUCUGCUCAAUCAUUUGUUUCUAAUCAUGGACUCUGUGGGCCAUCUCGGUUUCAUGUUCCACCAUGCAAAAAAAGAAGUGGUAGAUCUAUCUUGAAAUAUGUCAUUCCAGGGAUCUUGUCAACAAUGCUUAUAUUGACCUCCAUUUGGAUGUUGAUGUUACACAGAAAAAAGAAUGUGAAAUCUGCAACUGAAACUACCUUGCCUCAACUUCUAUGGAGAAGAGUUUCAUACCAAGAGCUUCUAAGUACAACAAAUGGAUUCCAUGAAGGUAACUUACUUGGCACUGGGGGUUUUGGCUCAGUAUAUGCAGGAACACUUUCAGAUGGGAUAGACGUUGCCAUAAAAGUUUUCAAUUUAGAGCUAGAAGGAGCAUCCACGAGUUUUGAUGUUGAAUGUGAGAUGUUAAGCAAUAUUCGUCACCGAAAUCUUAUCAAAGUCAUAAGUUGCUGCAGUCAAAUUGAUUUCAAAGCGGUUGUACUGAACUAUAUGCCUAAUGGGAGCCUUGACAAGUGGUUAUAUUCUCCGAACUAUUCCUUGAAUAUCCUGCAGAGGUUGAAUAUAUUGAUAGAUGUUGCAUCGGCAUUGGAGUAUCUUCAUCAUGGUUAUGAAACACCUAUUGUGCAUUGUGAUUUGAAGCCCAGAAACAUAUUACUAGACAAUGAUAUGGGUGCACAUGUUACUGACUUUGGUAUUGCAAAACUCUUGGACGGAGGAGAUUCUAUGACUCGCACCAUGACCCUAGCCACAAUUGGUUAUAUGGCUCCAGAGUAUGGGAUGGAAGGAAUAAUUACCAAAAGAGCGGAUGUGUAUAGUUUUGGUAUUGUAAUGAUGGAAACACUCACAAAAAGGAAGCCAACAGAUGACAUGUUUGUUGGGGAAAUGUGUUUGAAGCAAUGGGUUGCGAAUUCACUGUAUGCAAAUGCGGUAGUUGAUGUCGUGGACACCGAUUUACUUCAGACAGAGGAAGAUGAUGAUAUUGUGAGCAAGAGAGAUUGUUUGUCAUCCCUUAUGCAAUUGGCUCUUUCUUGUUCUGCAGAAUCAUCAGAAGAGAGAAUAAACAUGCAAGAGGCUUUAGCCACCCUUAACAAAAUCAAGAUCAAGUUUUUGAAAAACGCUGCAGAAGUGGUGUUGAACCCUAGAGCUGAGAUUUGAUUGGCAUGCAUGUAAAAAUAUAUCCUAGCUAAAUUCAUUUUAUUUUGAUUUCCUUUGUUUCAGUCCUU